AUGAUACGUCCAUUGCGCGCGAUUUUCCUGGGUCCUCCAGGUGCUGGAAAGGGCACACUGACAGGUAGACUGUGUCGGGAUUUCCCUCCACUCAUCACUAUAUCGAGCGGUGAUGUCUUGCGACAGCAUAUCUCAGACCGAACUGCUAUUGGAGUACAGGCCGAAUCAUGUAUGCGUCAGGGCAAAUUGGUGCCCGACAAGGUAAUGAUUGAUCUUAUCACCAGUGAAAUGAAAUCACAUGGUCUCUUGUCGCCGUCCGCUAGCUGGAUUCUCGACGGGUUCCCUCGGACCGAGAUCCAGGCCCCUGCUCUGGAAGAGGCUCUUGCAGUGGCCCAUGCGAACAUUAAUCUCGUAGUUGUUCUGGAUGUGCCUGAAAGCGUCAUUCUGGACCGCAUUGAGAACCGAUGGAUCCAUGAGCCUAGUGGCAGAGUCUACAACCUCACAUUCAACCCUCCCAAAGUUCCAGGUCGCGACGACGUCACUGGGGAGCCCCUGGUCAAGCGUCUGGACGACAACGUCGAAACCUUCCAAAAACGUCUCGCCUCGUACAGAGAGACUACGCUUGGGCUGAUUGAUUACUUCAAUACCCGUGGUUUGGUCCAACGGUUUUCGGGCACUUCCUCAGAUGAGAUUUAUCCAAAACUACUCAGCUACGUCAAGCAUGAGUAUGGAACCCAGCAUCAACCGCUGGCUGACGCCUGA